AUGGAGAAAUCCUUUCUCCGCAAACGGAAAGAGGAAAUAGUUUUGAAGAAAACGCGAAAAAGCGUUCACUUCCCUCAUCACCACUUCACUCACCCGGCGACAUUUCCUUUCGACGGUUAUAUUUCCAUUUCUUUCUUUCUUUCUUUCUUUCUUUUUUUUUCUUUCUUUCUUUCUUUCUUUCUUUUUUUUUUUUCUUUCUUUCUUUUUUUUCUGCCUUUUUUUUUUUUUUUUUCUUUUCUUUUUCUUUAUCUUUUAUUUCAGAAGUUCUUUAAUUUCCGCUCUUUUCUAUCUUUCUCAUUCUCUAAAUUUUUAAAAUCUUCAUUUUUUUUUUUAAUUCCUUUCCUUCUUCAUUUCUUUUCCCUUUUUUCUUCUUUUCUUUGUGUCAUUUUUUUUAUUCCUUUCCUUCUUUUUUUUUUUUUUCUUUCUUUUUUUCUCAUUUUUUUUUUCUUAUUUCUUUAUUUUUCUUUCUUUCUUUCUCGCUUUCUUUCUUUCUUUCUUUCUUUCUUUCUUUGUCUUCUUUCUUUCUUUCUUUUUCCUUCCUGCCUUUUUUCUUUUCUUUUCUUUAUUUCUUUAUUUCAGAGUUCUUUAAUUUCCGCUCUUUUCUAUCUUUCUCAUUCUCUAAAUUUUUUAAAAUCUUCAUUUCUUUUUCCCUUAUCUUCACGUGUCAUUAUUUUCUAUGCUUUUCUUUCUUUCUUUUUUCUUUUAUCUUUCUUUCUUUCUUUCUUUCUUUCUUUGUCUUCUUUCUUUCUAUCUUUCUUUUUUCUUCAAAUAACUGUCUUCUUUUCUUUGAAAUUAAGUUUCACUCAUUCUCUUUAUCUUCAUGUUUUUGACAAAUCUUCAUUUUACUUCCUUUUCUUUUCACGUAUCAUUCUUUUCUUUUCUUUUUUGAAAGAUCUUAAUCUUCUAUGCUUUCUUUCUUUCUUUCUUUCUUUCUUUCUUUUUUCUUAUUUGUUUUAUUUUUACUUAUUUUCCUCGCCCUUCGUAAUUGUUCCGCAUUUUAACCGGUUUUUUCUUUCUUUUGUUUCUUUCUUUCUUUACAUUAUCUCUAUCCCUUUCUUUCUUUUGUCUCUUUCUUUCUUUACAUUAUCUCUAUCCCUUUCUUUCUUUUGUUUCUUUCUUUCUUCCUUUCUUUCAUUGCAUUAUCUCUAUCUUUUUCUUUCUUUUGAUUCUUUCUUUCUUUCUUUGCAAUAUCUCUAUCCUUUUCUUUCUUUCUUUCUUUCUUUCUUUCUUUCUUUCUUUCUUUCUGUACAUUAUCUCUAUCCCUUUCUUUCUUUUGUUUGUUUCUUUCUUUGCAUUUUCUCUAUCCUUUUCUUUCUUUUGCUUCUUUCUUUCUUUGCAUUAUCUCCUUUUCUUUCUUUUCUUUCUCUCUUUGAAUUAUCUCUAUUCUUUUCUUUCUUUUCUUUCUUUCUUACUUGCAUUGCAUUAUCUCUAUCCUUUUCUUUCUGUGUUUUUACGAUUAGAUUUCAACUAAUGCCUUCCUUCCUUCCUUUCUUCUUUCUAUCUUUCCUUCAUUCAUUCUUUCUUUCUUUUCUUCACUUUUUAAAAUUUGUUCAUUCAAACCGAUUUCCGUAUAAAGUUUUCAGCUUCAUCUCUCUCUUUCUUUUUCUUUUUUCUUUCUAUAAUUUUCCUUUUUUUCUAUACUUUCUUUCUUUCUUUUUUGCUUGCUUUCCUGCUUUUUUCUUUCUUCUAUCGAUUUUCUAUAAUUGUUUCUAUUUUUUUAAAACUUAUUUUUUAAAUAUUUUUUCUCUUUUUCUUUCUUUUUGUCUUUUCUUAGUUUUUUUCUUUUUUUUCCUUUUUUAUUUCUUUUUUCGAUCAUUUUUCAUUUUUUUUUAUAUUUUCCUUGUUUUCUAUUCUUUCUUUCUUUCUUUCUUUCUUUCGGUCUGUAUGUCUUUCUUCUAUCGGUUUUCUGUAAUUUUCUUUCUUUUUUUAAAAUAUAAUUUUAUUUUUCUAUUCUAA